CGCUCCUUCUUGAGUACUUGGUUCCAGGUUAGAAGCAUGAAGUGGCUUGGGAUCCUGGGGCUGCUGGCCCUCUCAGAGGGCCUAGUCAUAAUCCCUCUAACGAAGACCAGGACCAUGCGAGAAACCCUCAGAGAAGAAAAUCUGCUGACAAAUUUCCUGGAGGAGAACACUGAUGACCCAUCCCAGAAUGCCACUGAUGACCCGAAUAUUUCUCUUCAACCUCUGUGGAACUAUGAGGAUGUGUGCUAUGUUGGCAACAUCAGCAUUGGAACACCCCCUCAGGAGUUCAGGGUCGUCUUUGACACCAGCUCAUCUUUCACGUGGGUGCCCUCCUUCAACUGCUCCAGUCUCUCCUGCCGUACAUACAAUCUCUUCAACCCUCUGUUGUCCACCACCUUCCGGCUCUCAAAUCAGGCUUUCAACUUUAAAUACGGCCCUUGGAACAUUGAAGGAAUUCUUGCCUAUGACACCGUUCGGAUCAUGAACCUUGUCGCCUUGGACCAGAAAUUUGGGCUAAGUGUGAACCAGAGUGGGUUGGAUCAUGCAAUCUAUGAUGGCGUCCUAGGCCUGGGCUACCCCAGCCUCACUUCCGAAUGGAUCACUCCUGUUUUCGACAACCUGAAGACACGAGGAGUUAUUUCUCAGCCUAUCUUUGCCUUCUACUUGAGCACCAAGAAAGAGCAUGGCAGUGUGGUGAUGUUUGGUGGGGUGGACCACAGCUACCACAGCGGAGAGCUCAAUUGGAUACCAGUGUCCCGAAACCAAUACUGGCAGGUAACCAUGACCAGCAUCACCAUGAAGGGGGUGAUUGUUGGUUGUCACCAUGGAUGCCAGGCCAUUCUGGAUACUGGGACUUCGUUUUUGGCUGGCCCAACUAGACUGGUCACCGCCAUCCACAAGCUCAUCCAAGCCAGACCUUUCGGUGAAGAGUAUCAGGUUCCAUGUAGAAAAGUCAGGAACCUGCCUAGUAUCAUCUUCACCAUCAAUGGGAAUGACUACCUAAUGCCCUCUGAAGCCUACAUGUGGAAGGUGAGUGUCUCCGUGUGUUUGGGCACUGAGAAUUGGAAGCGGUCAGAGACCUGGGUCCUGGGUGCCGUCUUCUUGAGGCUCUAUUUCUCGGUUUAUGAUCGGGAAAACAACAGGGUUGGCCUGGCUCCCGCAGUGUAA